GUUCUUUGCUUGCCCCAUACGCCUUGCAAUUGCUUUCAUAUCGUCCAAAAUAGUGUCCUCCAGAAAUUUGGCACAGCUUUCUUCCCCACUGGAUAUGCAUAUAAACGUAAUGCUGAAGACCCUGACAGAUGACAAGUUGCGCAAUUUAAGCACCUUCAAAUGUAGUCCAAGAUUAUCGCUAUUGUUUUCUGUAUUUUCUUCUGCUCUUCAAUGGCGCAAACUAAUUGGAUCAGGGCUGGUUAUUACUUGCAUUCAACCGACAAUGAGUUUCCCAUUUCCGCGAUUAAUUCUUCUCUCUUCACUCACCUAAUCUGUGGCUAUUCUGACGUGGAUUUCACCUCCUACCAGCUCUUAGUAUCACCGACUGAUGCAGAAAUUUUCUCCACCUUCACACAUACUGUGAAGCAAAAGAACCCAUCACUCACUACACUACUAUCUAUUGGGGGCAACUAUGCAAAUAAAUCAGCAACCUCUUUAAUGGUAAGUGACUUUUUGUACCGAAAAUCCUUCAUCGAUUCAUCGACAAAAUUAGCCAGACUUUACGGCUUUCAAGGCCUGGACUUUGAUUGGCAUUAUCCAUUCUCAAGUUCUGAGGUGUUCAAUAUAGGAGUUCUCUUUCAAGAGUGGAGAGCUGCAAUUGUUUUAGAGGCGGCAGUCUCUAACCAGUCCCGACUCCUCUUGACAGCAAGAGUUAAAUAUACACCAACGCUGCCUUCCGGGGCACGUUACCCUAUAGAGAGCAUACAACAACACUUGAAUUGGGUCCAUGUUGCGGCUCAGGUUUAUAUUCAACCUCUGUUUGAUAACUUUACAGGUGCUCAUGCAGCUCUGUAUAACCCAACUAGUUUUGUUAGCACGGAUUUCUGUCUAAGAGAAUGGAUUAAUGGAGGAUUGUCAGCUAAUAAAAUGGUUUUGAGUUUGCCUCUAUUUGGCUAUGCAUGGACGCUAGAGGACCCUAUGGAGAAUGGUAUUGGUGCAGCAGCAAAGGGACCUGCCAUUAAUAUGUCAAAUGGAGCAGUAACAUAUAGGGAAAUCAAGAAUUAUAUUGAGCAAUAUGGUCGUGAUGUUCAUGUUAAGUACAACUCAACUUAUGUGGUGAAUUACUGGACAAAAGGAACAAUUUGGAUUGGUUUUGAUGACGUUGAGGCAAUUAAAGUUAAAGUUUCUUAUGCAAACGAGAAGAAGCUGCUUGACUACCAUAUUUGGGGAGUCUCAGAUGAUGUUAAUUGGGUUCUUUCCGAAACUGCUGCCGAAGUGCGUAUAAAUAAUUCAUCUUCCUCAAACGUUCAGAAGGAUAAUAAGAGGCCUUUGUUAGUAAUCCUUCUGUCUGCAACAGCUACCUUUGCUCUUCUAUUGGGAGUAUUUGUGAUAUUUUACUGCUGCAGGAGAAGUCUCAAAUUAAAAGGGACAGUGGACUCAGCUAGUAAAGGAUCAAAGUACAGAAGAAAUGACCCAUCUGCAGCUCGGGAAUUUCACUGCAGUGCUCCAAAUCUGAUAACUUAUAAUUUUCAUGACAUUGAGGCAGCUACAGACGGAUUUUCAAUUGAAAAUAGGCUUGGAGAAGGGGGAUAUGGUCCUGUUUACAAGGGUUUAUUACCCAUUGGACAGGAAGUUGCAGUAAAGAAACUUUCGAAAACAUCCACUCAAGGAUAUGAGCAGUUCAGGAAUGAGGUUGUGCUUACAGCAAAACUCCAACAUGUAAAUCUUCUGAGACUUCUGGGAUUUUGUACUGACAGAGAAGAACAUAUGUUGAUCUACGAGUACAUGCCGAAUAAGAGCUUGGACUACUUUCUUUUUGAUCCUAUUAGAAGGUAUACUUUGGAUUGGAGAAAGCGUGUUCUUAUUAUUGAGGGGAUUGUUCAAGGAUUAUUAUAUCUUCAAGAAUACUCAAGAUUAACUAUCAUUCAUCGAGACUUAAAAGCUAGUAAUGUUUUGUUAGAUGAAUAUAUGAAACCAAAAAUAUCAGAUUUUGGUAUGGCUAGAAUUUUUGCAAAAAAUGACCUUGAAGCAAACACUGGAAGAGUUGUUGGAACAAAGUAA